AUGGAAAACGACUCGUCUAACGGUUCGCCGUAUUCACCCGUUCUCGAGACAAGUCGCAUUUUCUCCAGCCUUUGUGACCAAUCCGAAAGGCUCAGUCUGCCCGAAGAAGUACUUGCCAACAAAGACCGAGUCUCUUUUUCGUCCAGUCAUAAUGAAGUUUACUUUCCCAUUCCUUUCAAGGAGACUGAGACCCUUGCCGCACUGAAAGGUGUCGAGGGUUCCGUCGCUGCAGCCCUUGCCGAUCUGCGAUUUGGAAGCACAGGUGAGGCCCGUAGUGUUGAGGUCAGCCUGGAAGCGGCAACAGCCUUUGGAUGCCAGGCAUACAUGGCUAAGAUUGAUGGAUUGUCCAAGCUGGAUCCGAAUGUGAAAUCGAAGUUGAAAGAUACGGAUCUUCUGGCCGCACAGUCCAACGGAUACCGUCGUAUGUCGGCAAAUCUGUAUAAAACUAAGAAUCCGGAUGAGUUCUACCAUAUCCACGGCUCUCUUGAAGCUACAACUACUUUGAACAUGAUUGGUCUCGAGGGCCAUCGUCCCGAUCUCACAGAUUACGAGGAAAUCAUUAAGGUUAUUGAGGCCCAAGUUCAGAAGUAUACUGUUCCCGAGCUGGAGGCAAUGAACAAGGAGCGCCGUCAAGCUGGUGUGCCGGCACUCAAAUAUGAGGACUUUAUCAAGACCCCACAUGGAGCACUCAACGUUCAAGAACCAGCGUGGAAGGUGACCAAGCUUCAAGGCGACAUUGCGCCGACUCCGUUCCCGGCUGCUCGACCUGGCAGCAAGAGGAUUCUUGAAGGUGUCAAAGUCCUCGAGAUGUGCCGAAUUAUCGCAGGCCCAACUGUGACCCGUAUUCUCGCUGAAUAUGGCGCCGAUGUGCUCAAAAUCACAAGCCCCAACUUAUCGGACGUACCGUUCUUCCAAGUCGACGGCAACAUGGGCAAACAUGCCGCCGAUCUGGAUCUCAAGACCGAAGCCGGUCGGGCAGAGUUUGAGAAACUUUUGGCUGACGUUGAUGUGAUUGUUGACGGGUACCGGCCCGGCGCUCUGGAGAAGCUAGGAUACGGCCCCAAGGCGAUGGCCGCUCUGGCUGAGAAGCGCGGAAAAGGAAUCGUGUAUGUGAACGAGAACUGUUUCGGCUACGAAGGCGAAUGGGCCGGGCGAGCUGGAUGGCAACAAAUUGCCGACUGUGUAACCGGUGUCGCUUGGGCACAAGGCAAAUUCAUGGGCCUUGACACACCUGCUGUGCCCCCCUUCCCAAUCUCAGACUACGGAACCGGAUGCAUGGGUGCUAUUGCUGCGCUAACGGGUCUCUACCACCGUGCCAAGACCGGUGGCUCGUACCACGGCAAGGCGUCCCUCAUGCACUACGAUCUUCUGCUUUUCGCAGUAGGUCAGUACUCUGCUGAUGUCCAGGAGAAGCUUCGUGCCGCCCAGCCGGCAGAAUUCUUCCAGCUUCGUCAUUGCGAUAGCGUUGAUCGUAUCUCCUCGACUGUCCUAAAGGGGAUGCAGAAGCGGUUCCCCCACUUGUAUAUCGGUCCUGGACUUGGGUCGGAGGGUUCCCAGUCGCUGACUGAGAGCUGGUUCUCAAAGGCUUAUGGAACUGAUAUUGAGGUUGUUAAGCCUAUUGCUGCUGUGCAGGGAGUGGAUAAUCAGUUCGUCCGGGCUAGUCGACCUAAUGGGUCGGAUCGGGCAACAUGGGAAGAUUUCCAGGCUGAGGAAGCUGAUUUGAAGAAAUGUUGA